CUGCACGUCAACAGCUGCUCGUUAUAUAAUUAAUCUGAGUUUACCAGUCUGUUCAACAGCACAACAGUUGAAGUGUAGUUGCCAACUUACCAACUCGGCAUCUACAUCAACACCAGCCUGCCACAGCCAUGGACGCCGAGGAGUACAAAGUUCGAGGUAAGGAGAUGGUGGACUACAUCGCCGCGUAUCUAACUGGGCUACGUGACCGGCCUGUAAACCCAUCCGUGCGGCCCGGCUACCUGCGUCCCCUGCUGCCCCCUGGCCCCCCGCAGCAAGGAGAACCCUGGGAGAGAAUCUUUGAGGACGUGGAGCGGCUCAUCAUUCCUGGGAUUGUGCACUGGCAGAGCCCACACAUGCAUGGAUAUUUCUCGGCACUCAACUCGUACCCAUCGCUUCUUGGUGAAAUGCUGGCGACUGGGAUGAAUGGUGUCGGCUUCACAUGGGCAUCUAACCCGGCCUCCACGGAGCUGCAGAUAGUGAUGACGGACUGGCUGGUGAACAUGCUGUCCCUCCCUGACACCUUUCGACAUGAUCACCCAGACGGAUGUGGAGGUGGAGUCAUACAGAGCUCAGUGAGCGAAUCUACCAUGCUGGCCCUCCUGGCGGCACGGACACGCGCUCUUACACAGUUACGCGGGGAUGUGAGCCAGGAUGUCGGCAAUGACGCACUCCUCAGCUCACGACUUGUGGGGUACACCUCAGACCAGGCUCACUCGUCAGUGUUGAAGGCGAGCCUCGUGUCGCUGGUGAGGCUGCGCUCGCUGCCCACGGACUUGGAGUUCUCGCUGCGCGGGGAGACGCUCCGACGCGCCGUGGAGGAGGACCGAGCACAAGGACUUGUCCCGUUCUUCGUGUGCGCAACCCUUGGCACAACAGGCGUGUGCGCGUUUGACAACAUGGCUGAACUGGGCCCAAUCUGCCGCCAGGAGGGGCUCUGGCUGCACGUGGACGCGGCGUACGCGGGCACUGCCUUCCUGUGUCCCGAGCUGCGUGACCCCCUGCGCGGGGUCGAGUUUGCCGACUCGUUCGUGGUCAACCCGGGCAAGUGGAUGAUGGUCAACCUGGAUUGCGCCAUAUUUUGGGUGGCGGACAAGCGGAGUCUGCAAAGCACGUUCUGCGUGGAGCCGCACUACUUACAGCACGAGCACUCCGGUUCGGUCACAGACUUCAUGCACUGGCAGAUCCCCCUGACUGUGCGUUUCCGCUCGCUCAAGCUGUGGUUUGUGAUUCGCUCGUUCGGGCUGGACGGCCUGCAGGAGCACGUGCGCAGGACCAAUAAACUUGCAAGGUAUUUUGAAAGCCUUGUCAGGGAAGACCCCCACUUCGAAAUUCCAGCGAAGAGCAACUUGGGACUCGUUGUGUUUCGUCUCCAGGGCCCAAACGAACUGACAAAGACACUUCUCAGGCGACUCAAUGAGUCGCAGGAGCUGUUUGUGGCGCCAGCCAUGGCCAGGGACAAGUUCAUCAUCCGCUUCGCCAUCACGUCUCAGUUCACCACAGAGGCGGAUGUGCUACGGGACUGGCGGCUCGUGUCGCAGGCUGCUACAGACCUGCUGCAGGGCUCAGCAGCCAAGGACUAUGCGAGGGAAAUGGAGACCUGCAUUGUGGGCAGAGAGGAAGAGACUGCCCUUGACCUCCAUAGUCAAGUCAAGGGUGUCUAGAGGUCAUGGCACUGGCCAGGAGUUAAGAGCUCUCUCGUGCCAGAUGGUGGAAAUCUCCCUGAUAUUCACCAAAUAAUGCUGUAUUUACUUGAGGGCCUGAUUGAAAAAGUUUGAGAUUUUAUGAUCACCCCCCCCCCCGCCUCCUAGAAGUUUCUAGAUCUGCCUCCAUUGAUAUUUUCAACAUUUAAUUUGGAAGCGAUGUAAUACAAGUUGUGGGUACUGAAUGAUGGGGGCAUAUGGAUAGAUGUUCUUUCAUAAACAAUUUUAAUGUCAUUUUAUCUGAUACAUAGUUUUUAAACUUGAAAUACACAUUUGUCAUUGGGGAAAAAAAGGUAAAGUGAUUUCGUUAUAAAAUAUCAUUAAUUUGGGAAUGUACUGUAUACUAUCACUGCCUGGACAUGAUUUAAAACCUCAUGCCCAUUGGUCUGUAUUCCAUGGCUCAGAGGAGAAAUUGGUACCACCUAUGGUGAAAAGUCUUUAGUUAUUGAACAGUUAUAAUAUAUAAAGCUAUCAACUUUUAUUUACCAGGUCCAGCCCGAUCAGCUAUUAGCUCUUUUUCAGAAGCGUGAAAAUGUAUAGCAGCUAAAUAAACGAAACAAAUGUUUCUAAAGUGGAGGGGAAACCACAGGGAGAGAGACACGCAAACUCCAAAUAUACAGCAGGCGUCAGGGUUGGGAUCGAACCCACGACCGCUUGCAUACCCAGCAAGGGAGAUCAUUUUACACCGCGGUACCCCUCUCACCACUUAGUUUUGGGAGAAGUGGAUUCAAGCCAUACAAUUUGAAUUCCGUUUGCACAUAAAGGCAACUGCUGAGGUGGCAUUGCACAAAAUAUCUUUAAUAUCCCUAAGCGCCAUGACCGUAAUCACCAACAGCACUAUGAGAUUGCUCAGUUGUAAGUUACAGCCAUUUAACGAGCAACUGCUGAAUGAAAACCUCCCAAUUCCAUAUUGGUCACGGGUUGUUUGACCAUAAUUCAGCAUUACGGGCAGUGCAGGUUAGAGAAUGGUGGAGGACACCGCCCACCACAAAGUUGGCCGUGACCAGGAAUUGAAUCCGGGUCACCGAGAUCAUAGCAUAGCACGCUGACCACCAUUGGCACAUGCAGACUGCGUGAAGAUCAGAAAAUGGCAGUAUAGAUAUUUGUCAUUACAUAUUAUGUAUAGGUGUUCGCUCAUAACUCUGCUUUCGUAUGACACAAAAGACUAAAAAAACUGAGUUGGCUCGGUGGCUCAGGAAUUGAGCUGGAUUAAUACAAAUCCCAAUUGGUGUCAGAUAUCAGCCUUUUAUUAUUAAAAUGAGGCAUUACUUCAGCACCAUGGUUCCUCCUAACUUUCUGACUGACCUGCCCCGACUGGACAUCUGUGAAAAAAGAGCUUCAUAGCACAUCGGAUUCCUCCAGGAUGAAUACAGAUUCUGAUCCCUCCUCUGAGGAAUGACUUGGCUCAAAACCCUCACGCUCGUCACUCAAAGCUUCACUUUGCCGCUGACGAUGCCCUCGUAGAUUUGUCGCGUUAGCGGCGUGUAGCUGCACGCUGCAUUGUCCAGGUAAAACUGGGGCGCACGGAUGAGCGCCGGGUUGAAGCCCUCCUGCAAGAGGUGCGUCUUGAUCUGCUUGAAUGUGCUCGUCAACUCCAAUGCUUCCUGUGUGACAAGGGGUUCAGGGUGUGACAUCCGGAAUGGUAAAAUAAUUAGGAAAACACACUACGAGUAAACAAAAUAAUCAUAGAUAAAACCUGCCACUGCUGGACAUCUGUGAAAAUGAGUUUUGUAGCUCAUCGCAUUCCUC